AUGGCUCCAGCUAAGAAAGCUGCACCAAAGGGCAAGGUUGCCAAGGCUGUUAGCGCCAAGAAGUCCGUUGUGAAGGGAAACCACAAAGCCCACCACAAGAAGGUCCGCACGUCCGUUCACUUCAGAAGACCAAAAACCUUAAGACAAAAGAGAUCACCAAAGUUCCCUCGCAAGUCUGCUCCUAGCAUCUCCAAGCUUGACGACUUUUCUAUCAUAAAAGCUCCGCACACUACCGAAAGUGCUAUGAAAAAGAUUGAAGAUCACAACACUUUGGUAUUCAUUGUUGAUGAGCGUGCUAAUAAGCACCAGAUCAGAAAGGCUUUCACCACGAUGUACAAAGUGAAGGUUGCUAAGAUCAAUACUCUCAUCACUCCACUUCAUCAGAAGAAGGCCUACAUCAGACUUGCCCCAGAUUACGAUGCUUUGGACGUCGCUAAUAAGAUCGGAGUCAUCUAA